GCGGCGGGGCGGCCAUGGCGGCGGCGCGGCGGGUGCAGCUCCGGGGGCCGCUGCUGCUGCUGCUGCUGCUGCUGCUGCUCGGCGCGGCGGGGCCCGGCGCUCGGGCUGCGCGGAGCCGCGGGGCCGACCGCCAGAACAGCCUGCGCCGCGCCGCCAGCGGCCUCUACCAGGGCGUCAGCGGCCUCUUCGGCGAGGACAACGUGCGGGCCCUGCAGAAGUUUUUCUCGAGGUUGACAGAGAGGUUUGUGAAUGGGGUGGAUGUAUUAAUGGACACAUUCUGGAGAAUAUGGACUGAUUUGUUAGAUGUUCUUGGAAUUGAUGCCUCCAACCUGACUCAUUAUUUCAGCCCAGCAGCCAUUGCCAACAACCCGACCCGCGCCCUCCUGCUGAUCGGUGCCAUUUUACUGGCCUAUUGGUUUUUAUCUCUCUUCCUUGGAUUCUUCUUCUAUCUCCUGCACAUGCUGUUUGGCCGCUUCUUCUGGAUCGCCAGGGUGGCCCUGUUCACCCUGUCCUGUGUGUACAUCCUGCAGAAGUAUGAGGGUGACCCGGAGCACGCCGUGCUGCCCCUCUGCUUCGUCGUGGCCGUCUACUUCAUGACGGGGCCAGUUGGGUUUUACUGGAGGAGGAACAGCAACAGCAGCCUGGAGGAGAAGAUGGACCACCUGGAUAGUCAGAUCAGACUGCUGAAUAUCCGCCUUUCCAGGGUGAUUGAGAACCUGGAUAGGGGCAGUGAGCAAUGAGCCGGCCCCCGCUGACCACUGUACACCAGCUCUGGAAAAAUCCUAAGCACUGUCUCAUCCGAAGUUACAAAGCAACAAAACAUCACAUGGUAAAAAGUGUGCAAAGUUCUAACUUUUCAUCAUGUCUAAGACUAAUUUAUCUAGGUUAAACACUCAGCUGUUAGACUUCUAGGAGAAAGAAAAAACAUUUACAAAAUUCAGCUGUAUAUUCAGAGUUUUAUCCAGUACUAGAAUUUUCUCAGUAGAUAAACGCUUACUUUUACAAGCAUUUAAAAACAUCUUUUGUAAAGUUUUUAUAAAAGCAAAUUGAGUAGUCUUUCAGAUAUUGAAAUUGAGUUAAACAUAUGCAAAUUUGACACUUUAACAGUUAAAAAGAAAAAAAAAAAUCUCAAGCUACCAAGCACUUCCAUUGAGAAGUAACUGCUGUGGGUCCAUAUUUUUUCUUCAGAGUUGUGAAUGUUUUUGUGUUUUGGUUGGCUUAUUUCAUUGCCUUGAAGUUGCCUUUCAUAGAGUAUCAGAUGAGGAAUUUUCUGGUAUCCAGGCCAAAAAAUUCACACCAUAGCUUUUAACAAGAGGUGGGAAAUGAGGGAGAAGGAAGAUCUGAGGUCCUUAAAUGCCAGUCCAAUGUGAGGAAGCACACGUGUGGCAUUUUACCAUUGCAUUUCAUCCCGAGAACUUUAAUUUGUUAGUGUCUGGAAAGAAAUCUGCUUUAAUAAAUUGGCACAGAAGGAAGAUGUAGCGUGACAAAUUGUAAUUCAUAUUUGAUCAGCACAGUGAAGCGUUUUCCAAGCUUAAGUGCAUAGAGUAAAACAUGGUUUUUAAUCUCAGGACCCACGUACCUUCUCAGAAAAGGCAGCAGUUAAAACACGUGCAAAUGUCUUGUUGCUUAAAGCUUUCUCAGGACCAAUCAGCGGCAAUAAAUUAUCUUCAGGAAGAUCUGGAUUUUUUUCUAAAAUUACAAUAGUUUUAUAGGAGCUUUUUGCUUGAAGUCUAUGUCCUCAUUAGGUUUUGGGAAAAGCAGUCACCUUUAGGAGGAGGGUGUAGGAAACGGUUCUCUUUCAAAGCAGUGGAGCUUUGGAGCAAUUUUAUUUUGCAGGAUUUCUGUGUUUCUUACUUGGUAGGGCAUCACUGGCUGUGCUGGUUUACUGAAACAAAGGGAACCUCAGGGAAGGAAGCCUGGAAGGUGGUUUCACCUGGAAACAGCAGCAUCCAAGGACACAGAUGUGAGGAGGGAGGGGAAGCACCUACCCCUAGUGAUGAGCACAGUUCUGAGACCACCAGGGGUAGGAUGGAGCACAGCUGGAGCAUUCCAUGUUCCACAGGGUCCAAACGAACAGCUGCAUCAAAAAGCGCAACAAAAAUUGGUCUGGGAUGGGGCCUGGCUACAAAGCAGGGGAACCAGGAGGAGGAGGUUCCCCAGGUGUGCCUGCCAGUGCCAGCUCCAGUGGGACAGGCUGGGGCAGCUGAGCACAGCUUGUUCUUCCACUGGGCAAAGCUUCUGGAUGUGAUGCUUAACUGAAUGUAACUGUGGGGCGAAUUUAUUUUUCUCCUUAUGCUGAAGUUUAAUGUUCUUCUUGGAAUGUGUGUGUUACUUGCCUAAACCUCUUUGGGUCUGUGUGUGGCAUUUCCAUGGGGGUUAUUUUUAAAUCCAUGUUAAAGGCCUUGACUCCUGGUGAUCACUUUGGUUCAACACGGUUGAAGUUCAUAUGCACUUGGCACGGUUGGAAUGCAUUUUAAUUUUUUAUGUCACCUGUAAAUCCCCCUGCACCCCAUUCAUUAACAAGUAGAUGGUUUAAAGUUGCUAACUAACUGAUUGUCACAACUUAAAAUCGUUCCUGUGAUCACAUAGGGACUAUGGCAGCAAAUAGUCCAUUUUGUCAAGCUGAAAAUGUGAAUGACAGUAAAUUCCUUUUUUCAGCUCAUUUUCCAUAGUAUUACAGAGUCUUCCCUGUAGACUCAGUUCUCCCUGCUGUUGUGCACAGAGGACUGGGCUAAAACACCAACCUAGAAAUUAGGAAUUGACUAGUAAAGCUUGUCAGGUCUUGAUGUGUUUUGCCAAAUGUGAGACCUGAGGACCAAAGUUUGCAAACCUUGCUCGUGUCAGCGGCUCCAUCGCCUUCUUAGGACAAUGUGCAUGGGUCAGUUUGCAUAGAUUGUAUUUUGUGUAAUCCAUAUUUAACGUUAAAGUUAAAAAUACUGAACAUUUAUAUAUUAAGAGUUGUCUAUGAUAAAGAUUUCUUUGAAAGUAUUAUAUAAAAGUUAAUUUGGAUUAUAGUUUCUCCCUGUCUCACUUUAAUCAUUUAUCUUACUUUUGUAAAAUCAGCCCUCCUAUAUUAGUACUCUUUAUUUCGAUCACCCUGCUGCUUGAAAAAUGGUAUUUUUAUAUUUACUUGCAUCCCAUGUAUAGCAAAAUGUUAUGUGAAAAGCAGUAUAUAUAAAAUUGGGUAUUUUUAAUCAGUAUUUUUCCCAGCACUCAGUUUUCACGUUAGUCAAAUUCAGAAGUAAUGAUUUUUUUAAAGCACAAUCUAAUCUUCAAUAUAAAUAUAUAUAUACAUAUAUAAAUAUAUACUUUAAAAAUGCUCUGUAUUUUUAAACAUGCACUGUGGUGAAAGCGCUUUUGGGGACAUGAAUGUGGUAUUAUUGUAUUUAAUCUCUUUCAACUUUUGUAAAUACCUUUUACAAGUAUUUUCCAUACUGGGCCAUCUAGUUUAUCCAUGGAGGUUUUUGCUGUUUUCUAGAAACCCGUGCCAGUGGCUGGGCUGCUUUUGUAUCCCACAGAGCAUCUCAGAGACAGCCAGGGCUCUGUGUCACCUGUGGGCAAACCCUGGCAGGUGACACCUGCAGGGGUGGCACUGGGGCAGCCCUCAGCAGUGACACCUGCCCAGGGCAGGGAUGGCACGGGACAGCGCUGGUGGCUUCAGCUUUUUGCUCUGCCACAGCCACGCCCAUGGUGCCCUGCUGGGAGCUGCUGCCAGGGCUCAGGUGACACAGGGACAGCCCCACCUGGCUGCUCCUGCAGGACACAUCCUGCUCCUGCACCUUCCUGUGGCUGCUGGAGAACCCAUCCCUGUGUGAGCAGCUGGCACAAGUGCUGAGGAUGGGCUCUGGCUGCUGGGAUUGGGAACUCACCUGCCUGCUCUGGGACCCAGCCUUUGCCAUCCUGCAGGGUUCUGCCUGUUCUUGAGGAAUUUCACCUGCCUGCUCUGGGACCCAGCCUUUGCAAUCCUGCAGUGCUCUUCCCAUUCCUGAAGGUUUUCAGCUGCCUGCUCUGGGACCCAGCCUUUGCCAUCCUGCAGGGUUCUGCCUGUUCUUGAGGAAUUUCACCUGCCUGCUCUGGGACCCAGCCUUUGCAAUCCUGCAGUGCUCUUCCCAUUCCUGAAGGUUUUCAGCUGCCUGCUCUGGGACCCAGCCUUUGCAAUCCUGCAGUGCUUUUCCCAUCCCUGAAGGUUUUCACCUGCCUGCUCUGGGACCCAGCCUUUGCAAUCCUGCAGGGUUCUUGCCAUUCCCAAAGGUUUUCAGCUGCCUGCUCUGGGACCCAGCCUUUGCAAUCCUGCAGUGCUCUUCCCAUUCCUGAAGGUUUUCACCUGCCUGCUCUGGGACCCAGCCUUUGCAAUCCUGCAGUGCUCUUCCCAUUCCUGAAGGUUUUCAGCUGCCUGCUCUGGGACCCAGCCUUUGCAAUCCUGCAGGGUUCUACCUGUUCUUGAGGAAUUUCACCUGCCUGCUCUGGGACCCAGCCUUUGCAAUCCUGCAGUGCUUUUCCCAUUCCUGAAGGUUUUCAGCUGCCUGCUCUGGGACCCAGCCUUUGCAAUCCUGCAGGGCUCUUCCCUCUCAGGCAGGGCGGCUCCUCUGGACGCACACAGCUGUAGAUACCCGAUGUGUCCUGUGGAAUGUGAUGCUUUCCCAGUGGUUUUUGGGUGUCAGAGUGCAGUGUACAAACCUGGUGUGGCUCAGUGCUGUGCUUCUAGCGCCUCCUUCACUUCGUGGUUUGCUUCUCAAGGCUCGUUGCAUCGUCGGUGUGGAAAUAGACCAGUAUCAACCUUAGCUCUUCGGUGGUGUAGAAGUGUUUAAGUGUGGUUUGCCUCACCUACUGAUCCGUAUUUGGCAGCUAAUGGCGUUAAGUGACCAUGAGUUCUCUUUGUCUGGGUUGGAAAAUAAAAGGUUUUAUUGUAUCCGCAUGUAUUUUAAACUUUUUGGAUAAUUCCAUCGACCUGUGAUGACAGCACAUGUAAAAACCGAUCUUUUCCUUUUAUUCAGAAGUUCUAUUUGCUGUGGUAGCACUUGUUGUUGGCACUGAUGGUAGUGAUUUCACAUCCUGUUUUGUACAUCAGGUUUCAUGAUUACAGUGUUUAAGUUUGUACAAUUGUUUAUGUAAAAAUGAUUUGGUCUGAAGAGAUGCCGUGUGUUCACUUCUGAUCCUAGACACAUACGAGAUCCUGCUGGUAACACUGUUAAGUAGUUACAACUGUACCAGACUUAUUUUUUACAGAGCUUUACAUGCCUUUAUUUAUUCCUUUAUUGGACCAUCCAAACCAUGUACUCCGUAGUUCAGUAUUUGUAGACCAGUUUCACAAAUCAACUUAAGGUAUUGUGGCAAAGCUUCGAAUAAAUGUUUACUGAGACUUUGCACUGA